AUGACCGACUACGACAAGCUCAAGGUCGCUGACCUGAAAGAUUUGGUGAAGGAGCGCGGCAUCACUUCUACUGGCCUGAAGUUGAAGCAGCAAUUCAUCGAUGCGCUGCAAGCGGAAGAUGCACAAGGUGAGUCUGGAGAGGGAGCUCAGGCAGCUGAGACCGAGAGGGUAGAGGUAGAGACGGCAGCGGAAGAGGAGGCGGACGCGGAGCUUCCGGCAGAGACUGCAGGAGAAAAUGGCAGCGGCAAUAACGCGACUGCGGCGGAACAACAGUCAGGGAAUGCGGAGGAUGAGCGCAGUGGAAGCGAUGCUGAAGUGUCGAACAAGCGGAAGCGACGAAGCGCGACACCGCCAUUGAGCGACGAGACCGUCAGCAAGAAGCUCAAGACAGCCGACGAGCAGCCUGUCAAGCUACCUGAACAUGUCGCUGCCGAAGCCCCGGUGCCUAUGGACCAAGAUACCGAAGCCGAGAGGAAAGUGCUUCCAUAUGGCAGCAGUGAUGAUGUCGUGGAAAUGAAGGAGCCAGAGGCAGACUCCGCCAUGACUGAAGCAGUCGGUGCAGCUGGAGCUACGCAGUCUCGUCCUCGUCCGGAUGCCACUGAAGAUGAAGAUGUGGAAAUGGAUACUUCAUCGCCCCCUUCGAGACACCCUGUUACCCGCGCUCUAUAUCUCAACAACCUCGUCCGCCCGUUAAAGCCUGAACAUCUCCGUGAGCAUUUGCUCGCUGUAUCGUCCUCUGAGGAUUCGGCAAUAGAGAUCUUCCAUCUGGAUAAGCUCCGCACGCACGCUUUUGUCCUCUUCGGCUCCAAGUCAGCGGCUACCCGAGUAAGAGCCGCUCUUCACGAUAAGGUGUGGCCGGAUGAGCCGCAACGCAAGGCUUUAUGGGUGGACUACAUCCCAAACGAAAAAGUGCAGGAAUGGAUCGACACUGAAGUCAACAGAGAAGCUCGAAACGUAAGAUGGGAGGUCGUGUAUGAAGAUUCCGAUUCGGGCGUGAUUACAUCUCUCCAAGAUGUAGCUAGCCCUGGUGGAAAGCCCUCAAAUGCUGGCGGCCCUCCAUCAAUGCGACCACCAGCCCGGCAUGGAGACGGCAUGCCAAACGCGCCUUCAGGUCCACGAAGAUAUUCAUCACAAUCACUGCAGCCACCGACUCCGCAACGAGAAAGAGCGGCUCAGUCUAAGUCAUUCGACUCGCUGGAUGCAAACUACAAAUUCACGGAGUCGAAGCCCAAGAUCUACUAUCAGCCAGUAGCUCAAGAGCUGGUAGAGAGUCGCCUCCAGGAGCUUGCUCAGGGUACAAGUCGCGAUUGGGAUGAUCGGCAAGCUGAUCCAUCCCUUUAUGCCGAGGGCGAACUUCGAAGAUACACUUUUGAAGAUGGUGAUCGGCUUGUUGAUGGUGGCGCAGACUUUGGUCUUUUUGGUCGAAGGCCAGCCAGAGGUGGCUUCCGAGGACGAGGCCGCGGUGAUAGAGGUGGCAUCAGAGGAGAUCACUAUCGCGGUGGAGGUGCUAGGAGGUAG